AUGAUGCUAUCGUUCAAACCCAUUCACAUCUUGCUCCUACUCGGCUCGUCUGAAGCUGUUCGGGUGAAGCAUAGGGCUAUCAAGAAGCUGAUCACCAAGGCUCAAAGCCACCGAUGGAAUCCUGUGUCACUGGCGAUUUUCCCCGAUCCCGACGAACCGAGUGGCUGCUUCGUGAAGUCGAAGUUCUAUGGCAGGGAAAGUCGUAUCUAUUUCCAGCUUGAGGAGGGUCAUUCAUCCGGAGAGCUUGUCUACAAGGUCAAUAAGGAAAAAUCAACAUGCCCUUAUCCUGGAACGAGCCCACUAGAAGUAACGGGUAGCGUCGCAACGGGGAAGGGAGACGUCAGCGACUGUCGUACUGGCGUCAGACGUAUAUUCUCGAAAAUUGGGAUGAAGGAUGGCCCGAACCCUGCAGAUUUCGUCAAGCGCAGCAGCAAGUUCAUAAAGCAACUGUGCUCGGAAAGGGCAAGCAGUGGCGCCUCAGUGUCACAAAAUGAUGAGGAAGAUGAAGAUGAUAGUGGGCUAGCAAUGAGAUCAUCCAAGCCAUCCAAUAAGGAUGACAGGGAGGUGAAAGCAUAUGAGGAUUAUACUGCACCACAAGAGGCUCACCAGGAAUGCGUACUGUUGGGAGCAUCUAGUGCGGUCAUCAUCGGGCUUGACGAGCUGAUCAGGGAUGAGGAUGAGCGACGACUUUCCGUGACCGAGAAGAAGUUGGAUUUGAAGAAAGACAUCAUACACUUGCGCCUUGGCGGCACGGUUACUGAAAGCCUCUCUGCUCGACUCACUGAGCUUGCCUUGUACGCAGUUUACGUGGAGAGACUAUGGACCGUAGAGGGCCUGCCAUCCGUGACACGUCGAGGACUUCCCUCCUCCCCAGCCCUCCCGGAGCACGCGCUCAAAGCCGUCGAGAUAGAUGUGCUGAAGACGUCUAUGAGGCCCAACAUGAGGCUCUGCGGUACCUCUGUAACCGAGCAGAGGGGACUCGGCAACAUUCAGAGAGCUCUCUCGGACCUGUCGGACCUUGGACAAGGCACUCACCGCAACCAUGGCUGCCGCUAA